AUGCAGCAAAUCAACUAGAUAGCAGAUAAUCUCUACUUAAUCCAACAAGGCAACAAUUCCUACAUCCACCGUCGAGUAGGCCCAUCUGAGACUGUAGUCAUUAAAUCAGUGUUUCAUGGACAACUUUUCAUUGAAGAUGAUCACACCUGCAACUCUGUUCAUUAAAGAGAAUGCCAAGAUCUAUAAAAUGAAUGGAAAAUAUUGAGUUAACUCAAUCACCCAAACAUCAUUAAACCAUAAUAAUUCAUCCCUCAUCAUCAAUUAGAUCCUGUGGGAGGGAACCUCUAAUGUUGCAGUCUCCUCCUUGAAAAUGCCACCUGUGAUCUCCACACCCUCUGUAAGACAAACGAAACAUCACUCAAAAUUAUAAUCAAGUACUUCACUUAAAUUUCUAUUGCCCUUGAAUAUUUACAUUCAUAGUAUAUAGCACACAACGACAUCAAGCUAGAAAACAUGUUAGUCUUUAACAGAAAUUGUGUCAAGCUAGCAGAUUUUGGCUUCAGCUACAGACCUUCCUUUGAAGAUCUCCUUUCAAAAUGGCUCCCCAGAACCCUCACUCCUUAUUCAAGUCCAGAGAUUGUUAACUUUAGACUCAAUUUAGAAGAUGGAGAACUUCAAGAAUUUUGCUUGUUUAGUGCAGAUGUUUACGCCUUAACAACAGCACUAUUUCUGGCUAUUUACAAAAGACCUCCAAUUAUGGGAUAGUUUCCAACUAAAGAUGAUCAAUUUUAUCAACUAUUAAUUAAUCAGCCUGACCUAUUUUGGCAACUCGAUUUUAUCUAGAAAAUAGAUUAGUAAUUAAUAAGAGAAAAUACUCCAAAGGAAUUAUUGGAGAAUUUAAAAGAUUUAAUAGAAGGUGGACUGGCAGAAGAAUACAAUCGAAUUACUGCUACUGAAUUUGUUAAUCACGAAUUCUUUAAAUACGCUCAAUAAAUUCAGGGAAACUAAUUUUGAAAUAUUCAAUUAAUAUUAGAUACUCAAC